UUUUUUUCCAAAUCGACCAACGAGCUUGAUGUUUGGAGUAUCACUGCAAAGUAGUUUGAAAAGGGCUAUCAGACAAGGCUUUCUCGCCAGGCAGGCAUACAGAAUGGCUAGUGGUUAUCCAGGCAGCGAUGAGCCCGGGGUGUGUGGUGCCCCCGACCCGUCCACGAAAGAUUUCAUUAUGCAACAAACGAUGAUGAGGAUUCGUGAUCCCAAAGUGUCCCUCGAUUUUUACACCAGAAUUUUAGGAAUGAGGCUGCUGAAGAAGCUUGACUUUCCGGACAUGAAGUUCACAUUGUACUUCUGUGGCUUUGAAGCAGCGGAGGACAUUCCCGAGGAUGAUGCUGCACGGGCACGCUGGUUGUGGAGUAGGAAGGCCACGGUCGAGUUGACAUACAACUAUGGAACAGAUACCGAUGAGUCAUUUCAGGGAUAUCACAAUGGCAAUAGUGACCCUCGUGGGUUCGGUCAUAUUGGUAUCUCUGUGCCUGAUGUGUAUGCUGCCUGUGAACGCUUUGAGAAGCUCGGUGUUAAGUUUAUCAAGACUCCGGAUGGCGGUAAAAUGAAGGGUCUUGCCUUCAUUCAGGAUCCGGAUGGCUACUGGAUUGAAGUCUUGAAGUAUGACCAAUAGGCUGCUGUGGAGGAACUGUCCAGCUCCACAACUCAAUUCACACACUGUCAUGUGCUUGUGCAUGAACUGAUGAUGUCAUUGCACUAGCAAUGCUCCUUUAUUCUAACACGUAUGUGCACAUGGUCUGUGCGUGAUCAGAUGCGCUCAUGAUCGGAUGCGCUCAUGAUCAGAUGCACCAGUAUGUGGCCGAUUUUCAUGCUUUUCAAACUGUUGUCGUGCGGUCAAGUAUACUGUCGCUGCACUGCAGCAUUCACUGCAGGUUGGAUUUUUAGUAACCUUCCUGGCUAUUUGAACUUAGGAAAUCCGGUUUAUUGAAAGUUAUGUCAUGGAGAGUGCUGUCACCUGUCUUCAGGUCCACGGACGGUGUUGUAGCUGAGUUGAGCUGUACACGCGUGUUGUCCUUGAGAUGUGCUGGCCACAGCCUCUUUACUACCUUCUCCCAUGCACUUCUUUUGGUUUUCAAUUUUCAUAUGUGGAUUUUCUAUUUUCUAGUAUGACUAUCUGAGGAGUUUAGUUCCUAUCAGCUAUCCAAUCAUAAUGCGUAGUUCGACUUAUGUUAAAGGAAUACUAGUUUGCUGCUUUGUUGUUUGACAUGAGCGCCAGUUUAAUUUUGUUCAUAACACUACACGGUAGUAGUACUAGUACUUACAUGUCAA